GACAUCCAAUUUGAAUGUUUGAAGAGUCAAUUCUCAGGAUAUAAAUUAAGGAUGGAUAAUUUUAAUAAAUUGAAAGAUUAUUCAUCACAGAUGAUAGGUAAUCUUCAGAAGAUCGAAGAAGAUUUGAAAGUGCUUCAUUCUAGUGAGGAGAGAUCUGUUGCAAUGUUAUCUGCAUACAUUCUCGUUGCUAAUUCGAGCUAUGGUUCCGUGGAGCAAGUUAACCAAGAGAUUGAUCAAAUUAAUAAAGAUCUUGUUAGAUUGGAGUGUGAGAAAACAAUAAUUGAAGGCGACAUUAAAUAUAUUUCGAUGUGUAUAUUGAUAGAUGGUACAAAGAAUGUGUGGUUGAAUCUUGUGGAUGAAGGGAAUGGAUCUUCGUUUUAUCAAGUCCCGAGUGGUCAACUGAAGAUGAAAUCAGGUCAACGUGAGAGUUUUGAGGAGUGCGCAAUUCGUGAGAUGAGAGAGCAAACGGGAAUCGUGAUUCUUCCUAAGAAUCUUAAGAAGGUUAUAGAGCAUCGAUAUGUACUGGUCGGUGGAUUGCACGUGUGUAAUAUUUUUUUGACAUGUGUUCACGAUAUCAUACCAGUUCAUGAAAGUUUGGGGGAUGAUAUUUGGAAAAGGUUUGAUUAUAAGGAGCUUGAUAAGCUUGAUUAUCCAUUAAUAUAUUCCCUGAGAGCGGUAUAUAGUGAUAUUGAACGUAAUAUUCAUAGUCUUAGGAUAAAUAAUAGAAGUAGUAUGAAGAUAAAAAUGAUGAAUGGUGAUAAGGAUGCUAUCAAUGGUAAAAAGAGGGUACAUAGUGAAUCUGAUGAUGAUAAGGAUGCUAUCAAUGGUAAAAAGAGGGUACAUAGUGAAUCUGACGAUAAUGAUUCCUCUGAUGACUCUAAAAGAGUCUCAGAUGACUCUAAAAGAGUCGCAGAUGACUCUAAGAGAGUCAAGUUGAGAUAA